UUUGAUACGGGGCGGUUGGGUUUUUUUGAGGUGAGCACGGGGAUGCGUGAGCGCAGCCGUGCUAACGUUGGAAUGUGCUUGUUUCCUUUGGAGCCCCCCUCGUCGAUGAUUGAUUCGUGUGUCCCCAAGUGACGAGUUUUUUUUUUUAAUAUAAAGAACAUGUACAGUAAAUGUUUGACCAUAGAUUAAUACAAUCCGUGCGUGUGAGAGUGUGAGUGUGUCUCUCCUCCUCCCCCUCCCCUCCGUGCCUCUCAGGUCUGGGUUGAGCCUCCACCGUCUUGCCCCCUCUCAGCUAUUGUAGCGGCCACACACACACACACGCACGCGCGCGCGCUCACGCUCAGCCACACACACACACACACACGGGCUCUCCGCCUGUCGUUUGCGGGACUUCGGUGGAACUUUUCUCCCCAGCGUGUGCCGCUGCCGCCGCCCUGUCCAUCACAGUUUAAAGGGGGGCUCCGGCUCUUUUGAGUAGGUGGGUUGCUGCUAGUGGUGGUGGGGGGGGGGCGACGACGACGACGACGACGGAGACGGACAACCUGCUGCUGCUGCGACGAUGGACUGAGGCGACGACCCCGAGCGGACUGUGGAUAACCUAAAGUGAAGAAGAGUUGGGUGGGAGGGGAGGGGGGGCGGCGGCGGUUGUUGUUGUUGUUGCUGCUGCUGCUGCUGCGGGUGGUUGUUGAGUGACCGCCAUGGACGAGGACGACGGGCACCUGGAGAACGGCUUCCACGCCGCCAAGGACUCGGACCGGCAGCAGCGGCUCCGGCUCUGCGUGCUCAACGAGAUGCUCAACACCGAGAGGGAUUAUGUGCGCACGCUGCUGUUCCUGCAGUCGGCCUUUUUGCAAAGAAUCAGACAAACUGCAGAUGACCAACAGUGUCUGUCACCGGAACACGUCAAGAUUCUGUUUUCAAACAUUGAGGACAUCCUGGAGUUGCACAAAGAAGUGUUGUCUGCUGUGGAGGCCAGUCUGCAGCCCGAACCUCAGCCCCAGCAUGCGCUGGGACACGUAUUUCUCCAAUUCAGGAAGAGUUUCUCAGUGUAUGGCGAGUACUGCAGUAACCACGAAAAGGCUCUGCGACUCCUCAUGGAGCUCAACAAGAUCCCCAACAUCAGGACCUACCUGCUGCACUGUAUGCUACUGGGAGGGAAGAAAAGCACAGACAUUCCUCUGGAGGGCUACCUUCUCACCCCCAUUCAGAGGAUCUGCAAGUAUCCUCUGCUGCUGAAGGAACUGCUGAAGAGGACCCCUAAAAAGCAUGCCGACUAUCCAGCUGUGGAGGAGGCUCUGCAGGCCAUGAAGGCGGUGUGCUCCAACAUCAAUGAGACCAAGAGGCAGAUGGAGAAACUGGAGGCACUGGAACAGCUGCAGUCCCACAUUGAGGGCUGGGAGGGAACCAACCUGACGGAUAUCUGCUCAGAGUUGCUGCUUCAUGGAAAUCUCCUCAAAAUCUCGGCCGGCAAUAUCCAGGAGCGGGUCUUCUUCCUGUUUGACAACCUUUUGGUUUACUGCAAGAGAAAGUCCAGGGUUUCUGGAAAGAAGUCCACCAAGAGGACCAAGUCUAUCAACGGGCCCCUCUAUGUGUUCAGAGGCCGAAUCAACACGGAGGUGAUGGAGGUGGAAAACGUGGAAGAUGGAACAGCGGACUACCACAGCAACAACUACACGGUGACCAACGGCUGGAAGAUCCACAACACGGCGAAAAACAAGUGGUUUGUCUGCAUGGCCAAACACACAGAGGACAAGCAGAAGUGGCUGGACGCCAUCUUGAGGGAGCGGGAGCAGAGAGAGAGUCUCAAGCUGGGCAUGGAGCGGGACGCCUAUGUGAUGAUUGCAGAGAAGGGGGAGAAGCUCUACCACAUGAUGAUGACCAAGAGCCGGCACCUGAUAAAGGAUAGACGCAGGAAGCUCAGCAAUGUGCCCAAGUGCUUCAUGGGGAAUGAGUUUGUGUCAUGGCUGAUAGAGAGCGGAGAGAUCAGCAAACCCGACGAAGGGGUCAACCUGGGACAAGCCUUGCUGGAAAAUGGCAUCAUACACCACGUGUCAGACAAGCACCAGUUCAAGAACGAGCAGGUGUUGUACCGCUUCCGCUACGACGACGGCACCUACAAGGCCCGCAGUGAGAUGGAGGACAUCAUGUCGAAGGGCGUCAGGCUGUACUGCCGCAUCCACAGCCUCCACACGCCUGUCAUCAAGGACAGAGACCAUCAUCUGAAAACCUUCAAAUCUGUGGUGCCUGCGAGCAAACUGGUGGACUGGCUACUCUCGCAGGGAGACUGCUCGACCCGAGAGGACGCCGUGACGCUGGGCGUGGGGCUCUGCAACAACGGCUUCAUGCACCACGUCUUGGAGAAGAGUGAGUUCAAAGAUGAGUCCCAGUUCUUCCGUUUCUAUGCGGACGAGGAGACGGAGGGAACCAGCAGCAAGAGCAAGCAGCUCCAGCGCAACGACUUCAAACUCAUCGAAAACAUCUUGGCCAAGUCGCUGGUGAUUCACCCUGAGGAGGAAGACUACGGCUUUGAGAUUGAGGAGAAAAACAAGGCCAUUGUGGUGAAAUCUGUCACCAGGGGCUCACAUGCUGAGAUGGCUGGUCUGCAGGUGGGCAGGAAGAUCUACACCAUCAACGAGGACCUUCUGUUCCUCAGGCCCCUGUCCGAGGUGGAAACCAUGAUCAGCCAGGCCUUCUACAUACGACGCUCCCUGCGACUGCUGGUCGCCACCAAGGCCAAGGAGAUCGUGAAGAUCCCUGACAACCCAGACAGCCUCUCCUUCAGACUCUGUGGCUCUGCCCCUCCUCAUGUCCACGCUGUCAGGAAAGGCUGGGAGGCAGCGGGGGCAGGUCUCCAGCCUGGCCAGGUCGUCCUAAAAGUCAACGGCAACAACGUCAACCGCAGCGGCCAUGAAGAGGUUCUGGAGCACUUCACUGCACAACACACACACCAGGAGCCUUUGCAGAUGUGUCAGUGGGUGUACCGUGCAUUCGAGGAUGUGGACGAGCUACAAAGAGAGAGCGGCGUGGGCGAGAAGGAGGAGAACCCUUUCAGUCCCUAUCCAGUGGAGAACGGCUCGGACCACGAGGAGGGGAAUGGCACAAAUGGAAUAGACUACCGGCUAGGCAGGCUGUCCCUGUCCGAUGAUCUGCCUCUGGUCAGUCUGACGGUAGACAACGUCCACCUGGAGCACGGCGUGGUCUAUGAGUACGUCAGCACUGCCGGCAUCAAGAGCCACGUGCUGGAGAAGAUUGUGGAGCCCAAAGGUUGCUUCAGCCUCACCGCGAAGAUCCUGGAAGCAUUUUCUGCCGAUGACGGCCUCUUUGUGCGUAACUGCAGCCAGCUCAUCUCCCAGAGCGACCGAGUGGUUACCAUGCCUCAGUACGAGUUCAGACAAAUCUGUGACACCAAGCUGGAGAGUAUCCGACGGCGCAUCAGCUGCUAUCAGCAGUUUGCUCUGGAGCUGAGGAACAAGGUGUGGCCGUCCUUCAGGCAGGCCGGCGUUCGCCCUCACCCACUUGGCUGCAUGGACUUUGUUCCCACCAACUGCCACGUCAACUUGAUGCAGGUUUCCUACCCAAAGAGCAUCACCUCUGCUGGCAGGACUUUCAGCAUUCGCUUCGGGCGCAAAAACUCCCUGUUUGGCUUGGACCCUGAUCAAGCUCAACUGAACCCCAUGUCCCACACCCAGCACUGUGUGACCAGCAUGGGUGCUCCCAGCUGGAGCUGUUCCGGCCUGGACGAGGAUGAGGCGGAUGGCAACGGGGAUGUGGCCCUGGAGGGCGGCGAGGGGUUGACGGACAGUCGACGGAGCGGCCACGGAGAAGGCGGCCUGAGCUUCCUCCUCAAGCAGGAGGACACCGAGACCCAGGACUCUUACAUUCACUUGUAUAGCCGCCUGGAUGUCGCAGUGAGGGAGAUGAGGCAGUACGUCGCCCAGAUCGACGUCCUCUUGUCGUCUAUCACAGAGCCCACGCAGCUCCAAGGGGAAGGCGGCGAGCCUCCGGUCUACGAGCCCAGUCAGCCGUCUCUGGCCCCCUGCGAGGACGGCUGUGACCAGGACAAAGUGGAGCAAGGCAGCAUCAAAAGAGUCUGCUUCAAGGUGAACGAGGAGGACCAGGAGGACUCGGGGCACGACACCAUGAGCUACAGGGACUCCUACAGUGAGUGCAACAGCAACAGGGAUUCAGUCCUGUCCUACACCAGUGUGCGAAGCAACAGCUCCUACCUGGGGAGCGACGAGAUGGGAUCAGGGGACGAGCUGCCGUGUGACAUGCGGAUUCCCUCGGACAAACAGGACAAGCUGCACGGCUGCCUCGAGCACCUUUUCAACCAGGUUGACUCCAUCAACAACCUUCUCAAAGGACCUGUCAUGACCAAGGCCUGUGAGGAGACCAAGCACUUUUACUCUGACCACAGCCAACCAGAGUUUCGCCAGACAGAGGACUGGACGGUUCGCUGUCGUUACGUUAUCCACAAGAACAUCCAGGAGGACCCUUGGAACCUACCCAGCUCUAUCAAAACCCUGGUGGAGAGCCUGCAGAGAUUUGUGGACGAUGGAAAGAACCAGCUUCUCCUGGCUCUGCUCAAGUGCACAGAUACGUCUCUGCAGCUGCGACGGGAUGUGAUCUUCUGCCAGGCGGUGACGGGCGCCCUGUGCACGCUGGCCGAACAGCUGCUGGCGGCGCUCCGGUCGCGCUUCAACAACGCCGGCGAGUACCAGGAAGACGGCAAGGAGGCCAGCCGCAAGUGGCUGGAGCAGAUAUCCGUGAUCGGCGUCCUGCUGCACUUCCAGUCGGCGCUGGUGCCGCACCUGAAGGAGGAACGGACCAUGCUGGAGGAUACCAAGGCGGCCCUGUUGGACUUGGACAAAGUCACUGUGUUCUUCAGGCAACUGGAGGACGAGUGUCUAGUCGCAAACACACCGGUGUGUUACCAGGUGGAGGGCAGCCGACAGGCCCUGCGGGUCACCCUGUACCUGGACAGCUGUCACUUCAGCGAGCUGCCCAGUCGUUUGCAGAACGGCGGCAGCCUCAAGCUCCACACGGUCCUCUUCACCAAGGCGCUGGAACGUCCCGAGGGAGUGUCCCAGCAGGACUACGGCGCCGCGGAGGAGUUCCAGCAGCGCACCAACGCUGUCUCACUGGAGAAGGUCAAGGCCUAUUACCGCAGACUCAGGGCUUUUUAUUUGGAGAAGUCCAAUCUCCCCACAGACUCAAACACCACAGCUAUGAAGAUUGACCAGCUGCUGCGACCCCUCAACACACUGGAUGACCUCUGUCGACUGAUGCAGUCGUACAUCAACGUGCGGCCGAUUGCCCAGUCCCACCCGUCAGGAGUCAGCGUGCUGUGUGUGUCCUCGGAGCUGUGUAACCGCCUGGGGGCCUGCCACAUCACCAUGUGUGGCACAGGCAUGCAGAGGUGUACUCUGAGUGUGACACUGGAGCAGGCAAUGAUCUUAGCCAGGAACCACGGCCUGAUGCCGCGCUGCAUCAUGCAGACCAUGGACAUAAUGCGUAAACAGGGGGCAAGAGUUGAGCUAUCUGCUAAGAAUCUUAAGGUGAUGGACCAGAUGCCUCCAUCUGCUCCCAGGCUCUUCAAGCUGUGUUUGCCACCCUCAGACGGAGAUCUCUAAGAAAAGCCACGCUUCGGAGAACUCACUAGAGAGAGGGUGAAUGUGGAUAGAGGAAGAUAUGAUGAGAGAUGACAGGAACAAAAGAGGGCAAGUCUCACCGGAUUUUUCUUCCAAGUGACACCGCUGACGGAAAGACCUUUGACCCCCUCCACUGCCCCAGUUCACACAGGGAUCGUUCCAGCAUGGAUACCACUAGAGUCUUCAGUGCAACGUAUAGACCAAACAACACUGCACAGAAGACUAAUGUCAGUUACCGACAGGGACACUGACACAUGACUAGUCUUGAUGCUCAUGACUAGUCAUGUACUGCUGUACUGGAGAGGAAAAAAGAAAAGAAAACAGAAGUAUUACUGCUUUGGCUGUCUGUCCACACCGGGCUGACAUGAUUGAAUUGACACCCGGUGUGCAGUAUUCACGACGUAAGUGAAAGGGAGAUGUCACUUUGAGGCCUCACAAAGACAACAUCCACAGCGAUCACGCUCUUCACCGAGCUCUUACCAUUAACUGGAUUAACCAAACUACCUGUAGCUGACUGUCAUCCCAAAUGCAGAUGUUAUGCAUUUUUGCCUCGGACUGCGAGUCCAGAGAGCAGAGCUGUCUCUUACUCUGUUCGGGCUGGCGUUCCCCAGGGCUCAAUGUUUGGACCCCAAGUGAAGUAGAACACGUGGCUACCGUGGUACCGUCGUGUGUGAUAGCCGACCGAAUAGAUGCAGAAAGUCAAAGAAAUAGACAGAAAGAUGGAAGUAGGGAUUGAGGGGCAGGAAAAAAAAAAAAAGAUGGAUGAUAGGCUGGGCUGCUCUUUUCCUCAGCCCGUUGCAUGUGGUCACUGUGCAAUUACUGUAGGUUUAGUGUGAGUACUGUAUUACUGCACUAUAUGAAGGAUAGUUAUUUAUUGUGUCUGGAAGGAGUGUUUUUAUCCCUCACUUAUACUAUAUCAGGUAUUAAAAGAAUCUAAAAGCAUUCCAGCCUACUUACCGAAUAAUAUUUAAAGGACCAAUGGCAUGCCUUUUUUUUUUUUUUUUUAGACGCAAUUGCUCAUGUAUUUCAUUUUAUUUAUGUUUAUGGAGCUUGAUUACGUCAGGAAAUCUUCAGGGAGCGCGACGGGAGGGAAGACAAACAGAAGUUAGCUAAUCAGAAUCAGGACUAAGGAAGCUGAAAGAAAUCAUACACGGUCGUUUGUUUGUCAAUAAGCAGCCAGGUAAACAGGUCGGGAGGUUGAAUCAUUGUUAAAUUAUUAAUAUAUGACUUAAAAUGUACUAGUUGAAGGAUUGACUUCAGUCAGCUAAGACAUUGUUUUGACUUUUAAAUUGGCUUUGAUGUCAUAUUUACUGUAGGUAUUAAAAGAAGCACAAUGACUGGUCCAUACAAGUUGCAGUGUUAGUUUGAAAAAAAAAGAAAGAACUGUAAGCAGUUUGUGGACGAUGUAAACAAAGGGAUCUUUCCAGGACUUACUCACAGUAACAUUGUUUUACUUCAGAUUUUAAUUUCUUGUACAUAUAAACUGUAACUAUGUCAGAGGAAAAAUAUAGGAUAUGUCUUACGGCAGCAGAGUGACGCUUUAAAUGAAAAUGCAUUAUUUUUAUGGAAAUAAUAUAGUAUAUAAAACAAUUUGUAUUCGUGAAGGUUUUUUUUCUUUUCUUCUCUUUGCUGAGCAUAACCUCACUGACUACUUGUAGUUUUUGACUGUUAAAAAAAAGGUUUUAACGGCAUUUCAGGAAUCUUCCUUGGCAUGCUGCAUUCAUUCGGCGGAUCACUUAGUCCUUUUUAUUUAUUUAAAAGCGGUCUGGGUCCUAAUGAGCAUGUUGGAACAGACCCCAUCACCUCGCAGUACCGAUGACCACAUAUAACACUCAGUGGCUCUUUGCAUUACCAUAAUUUCCCAUAUCAAAUGUGCCCUUAGUGUACAUUGUGUAAACUCUCGGUCUUAAGUGUGUGUUACCAGUUUGAAUUAGCUAAUGACUGCAGCAUGUUGGUGUAACCGGACAAAUAAAAAAAAUGUCACUGAUUACACGUUUUUUAUUUACAUUAUUCUAAUGUUCCAUUUAUUGUAUAUACCUUAUUUGCAAUUUUAUGUUGCGUGAAAAUAACUGUACAAAGGAUCUUUGUUGAAUCUUUCUAAAAAUGAUCAUUGUAAAUUGCAAUCUUAACAAGCUAGUAAAUAAAAUCUUCACAUUAUGA